AUGGCAGAACCUAGUGGUAUUCAAGAUGUUCCUCCUGCUGGUGGUGAAUUUCCUUCCCUGCAGGACUCUAUGGUGCUUAAGAAGAAAGUUAAGGGGAUGAAAAAGGAAAUUGUUGGAUCCUCAACCAAAUUGGAAAUAUUGGCAAGUGGUGGAUGUUAUGAAGGUGAUAUUGCUGGUCACAGAGUACUGAUUACUGCAUUCUAUGGCAGUAACAACAGUCAAAUAAGGAGGGGUUUGUGGGAAUACCUAAGAAAUAUGGAGAGUGAUGCAGGCACUUAUCCCUGGGUAAUUAGAGGGGAUUUCAAUGUAAUAGCUGAGGUCCAUGAGAGUUCUGACAAUGUCUCACUGGGAUCACAUUCUUCAUCUGAUUCCUUUGCUGAGUACAGGGCCCCUAGAGUGUCAGAUCACUAUCUAGGGAUAUUUUGGACUCAGAAAGAGGCUCAGAUUCAUAAGCCAAAACCAUUUAAGUUUUUAAUUGUUGGACUGCAAAUGAGAAUUUUUUUAAGCAGUGUAAAAGUCUCCUGGUUGGAACACAGUGAUGGUAAUGCUAUGCAUGUGUUGUUUAACAAAUUGAAAAGAUUGAAGCCAAUUUUGAAGGAGUUGAAAAGGACUUAUUUUUCUGACAUCUCUGCUAGGGUAACUGCUAAGAGAGCUGAACUGGAACAUAUUCAACUCUCUAACCUUGAUGUUGUAAAUCAAACUGGGAUGGAGGAGGAGAAGAAAAAGGUUGAGUCUCAAAAGAAGAAGAACGCCAUUAGAAUACUUAAGAAUGAAAAUGGGCAAUUUCUAGAGACAUUUGAUGGUAUGGCUGCAAAGCUGGUGGAUUUUUACAACAAACUUAUAGGUGAUGCUGACCCUUUAGUUAAGGGAUGCCAUCCUGAAUGGUUAAAAGACCUUUUGAACCAUUCAUUGCCUGCUGGUUCUGAGAGAGUCCUAGAUGGUGAGGUCUCAGAUAAGGAAAUCAAGGAUGCCUUGUUUAGACAGGGGAGGGAUAAAAGCCCAGGCCCAGAUGGAAGCAUUGUUGAUAAUACAUUGUUAGCACAAGAGAUAGUUAGAGGAUAUUCCAGGAAGAACCUCUCCCCUAGAUUCUGUGAUUGGAUAAAAGCUUGUGUGACAUCUCCUAGGUAUUCAAUAGCUUUGAAUGGUAGCCUAGUAGGUUACUUUAUAGGUGCAAGAGGUGUUAGGCAAGGGGAUCCACUAUCCCCUUACCUAUUUGUAAUGGUCAUGAAUGUUCUCUCAAACUUGCUUGAUGUUGCUGUCAGGAAUGGAAUAUUCAGAUUCCAUCCAAGAUGUAAGAGGAUCUCUCUUACAUACUUAUGCUUUGUUGAUGAUUUGUUAGUGUUUUGUCAUGGAUCUUUGGAUUCAGUGAUGCGGGUGCUUAGCAUUUUGGAUAAAUUUUAUGAUUUGUCUGGGCUUAAGCUGAAUGCUUUGAAGACUGAGAUUUAUACUUGUGGAAUUUCUGGGGGUGAAUUGGAGCAGAUUAGGAGAGCAACAAGCUUUGUAGUUGGUCAACUCCCUGUAAGGUCUUUGGGGGUACCUUUAGUAACCAGGAAACUCUCUGGGACAGACUGUAAAGCUUUGUUAGAGAGGAUCAAAGACAAUCUGAGGCAGUGGUUCAAUAGGAAACUGAGUUUUAGGGGGAGGUUGCAGCUUAUUAAAGUGAAGGGAAAUGAUUCCUCUGCUCAAGGCUCCAUGUGGAUUACCUGGAUCAAGGCUUACUGUUUUAAGCUUGAAGACUAUUGGAGUGUUGAAAGCAAGCCUCACUUCAGCUGGACUAUCAGGAAAUUGAUUAAGAUGCGUGAAGAGGCUAGAAGUAUGUUUACUGCUUCUGUUAACUGGUCACAAGCUAAAGGAGGUUGGAUAUGGGACAAUAUUCGGGACAGGAAUGACAAAGUUGAAUGA